UCUCAUCAUCUCUCUCUCUUUCUCAUCAUCUCUCUCUCUCUUGUUCGAGGCCGUGCCCUAGAAGCCCCCCCUUUCCCUUUUCUCCGGGACUUCAAUCCCUAAUCGCCGGGUUUCGCUCGUCCCUUAGAUCAUCGGAGGACUCUUUUUUUACUUUUCUCUAUUCCGAUUUCAGAUUCCCAGAUUUUGUGGAAGCAGAGGUCUUUAAAGGCCAGUAUUCUUUAGUUACUACUGUAGCUGUAACUUACACAUGAAGGUCUAUCCGGUUCUCUAUCAAGCAUAUGGUAUGAACAGAGAAAUAGAAGAUGAAAGAUUCAGGCAGUGAAAUGAUUAAUAGAGAUUGGGUCAUGAAGCAGAAACGAAGAAAGCUUCCGUCUAUACUGGAUUUAUUAGACCAGAAAGUGGAAAGUUCAGUGGCUUUUGAUUCUCCUGAAUACACCUCUUCCGCUAAACCAACUAAGCAUCGGCUUAGGACUGAUUCAACUCCUGAAAGGAACUCCUCUAAGAGGAAAGGAAAUGAUGGGAAUUAUUUUGAAUGUGUAAUCUGUGAUCUUGGUGGUGAUUUACUGUGUUGUGAUAGUUGUCCUAGGACUUAUCAUACCGAAUGCCUAACUCCACCUCUUAAGCGGAUUCCAAAUGGCAAGUGGAUCUGCCCUAAAUGUUCCCCAAACAGUGAAGCACUCAAGCCUGUCAAUCGUUUAGAUGCGAUUGCUAAGCGAGCAAGAACGAAAACCACGAAAAGAAAUUCUCAAGCCGGACCAAAGUGCGAGAGAGCUUCUCAGAUUUAUUGCAGUUCUAUAAUCUCUGGAGAACAAUCUUCAGAGAAAGGGAAAUCUGUAUCGGCUGAAGAGAGCAAAUCCAUAGGAAAGGAAGUUUAUUCGUCCCCAAUGGAUGGUUGUUCAACUGCUGACCUUGGUCAUGCAUCUGCGGAUGACCGACCUAAUUCAUCGUCUCACGGAGAAGGUGAUAUGGGAAAACCUGCAGAUCUCUCUGAAUCUAAACUAUCAGAUACAGAAAAAAAUCAUGAAGCACCCGUGGAGAAGUUGGAACAUGCUUCCAGCGAGAUUGUGGAAAACAAGACAGUUGCUGAAGUGGAGACUGGAAAAGGUAAAAGGAAAAAACGAAAGCGUGAAUUAAAUGAUGGGGAAAGUGUUGAGAGGUUAAAGACUGAUAAGAAACGUUCGAAGAAAAGUUUGUCCAAAGUGGGUUCUUCUCAGAGUACCAAAUCACCAGAGUCUUCGAAGAAAAAGAAAAAGAAAAAUCGCGUGACUUUAAGAUCCUUGUCCAAAUCUCAGUCCCAGACGGAAAUACCAGAAAAAGUGAAGGUAUUUGUCCUAGGACUUAUCAUACCGAAUGCCUAA